CCAGCGAAAAUGGCUGGCGCGCAGCAUCCAGCAGCAACAUCCUCCUCCAGUCGGCCGAGCAGACUCGUCGGCGUCGCGUAGAGAUAGCGCCUGCACAGCCCUCCGAGUCUCAGUGACUCCCGUAGAGCGACCGCUCCGCUUACGCACCCACGCAGACACCCACACGCACACGCACACGCACACACAGAGACGGAUCUCUCCCCAUACAUGAGUGCGGGAUCGUCCGGACGCAGCGGCAGCCGAGGGAUGAGCAGGUGACAACGGGCCGAGGAUGAAGAGUAGGAGAACGAGGAGGAGCUGCAGCCGAGGAGCCGAGGAUGGGAGGCAGUAGUGUCAGCAUCAGUGCCAUCAGUGCUAGUAGUGCAGCAGCCGCGGCCCACUCGGGACUCGCCUUCGUCUCCUCAUCGGCCUUCUUCUCCUCGAUCCUGCACAGUUCCCGAGCCGAUAGAGAAGAUGUGACUGGGCGGAGGCAGUGAAGGCGGAUAGGCCCCGGAAGAUGCGAGUCCGGUGCGCGUGGCUCGCGCUCGCUCUGCUGGGCCUGAUGGGCCUCACCACCUGCGUGCCGCCUGAGCCGCAGGCGGACUCGGAGUCGAAGGCAGCGCGCUCGCCGGCCAAGUCGUCCCUGCAGCGACAGCGCACCGGCUCGUCGAGCGGAUCCUCGUGGCGUCUGGUUCUGGUCCUGGCUCAGAGCCAGCCGACUCGGCUGGAGGUGCAGCGCGCCUGGGAGGAGGCCGUGCAAGAGCUCGCCCACACCGAGGUCGAGCUCGCCUACGUGGACGCGCGAGCCCUGCUGCCGCCCCAGCUGUCGCCCGAGAGCUCGAGUCACCCGACCGCUCUGCUCAACCGGUUCUGCGGCGAGAUCAAGCUCGGCAAGACUGCGCUCGUCGUCAUCGUCGGCGGCGGGGCCGCGGCCAGGUUCCUCGUCACGGCCUCGAGCGCCAUGAGGCUGCCGGCGCUCUGGAUGCCAAUUUCGCAUCGGGACUUUAUCCGGCAGGGCAGAGCGACGGAAUUCGAGAGCCGCGUGGGCGUGAGCUCGGAGGAGAUGGGCGCGGCCGCGGCCGCCCUGAUGCACAAGGCCCACUGGCACGCGUUCACCCUGCUGAUCGACGCGAACCUGCUGCCGGUGAAGCAGCUCGUGCGCAAGGAGCACCCGCUGAGGCCGGGCCAGGAGAGCAGCCUCCGGCCGCGCAGCGUCGUCUACCUGCCGGCCGACGAGAAGACCCUGGCCGCGCGGCUGAGGCGCGUCGCCGAGGAGAACGGCCGGGGCAGCGUCAUCGUCCUCGGCUGCGACCUCAACAACGCGCGCAAGGUCAUCGCCCUCGCCGGCAAGUACGAGAUGCUCGCCGGCAGGUUCCUCUGGCUCUGGCUCGACCUCAAGGCCGAGCUCAGGUCGAACGAGCCGAACAUCAUCGGCACGCACCUGCUGCACAACGCGAGGGUCUCGGUUACGAGCGACCACAUACCGGCCUUCGACAGCCAGGAGUUCGGCCCGAACCUCUCGCCCGAGAGCGACGUCAGCGUCCACACCCUCUCGAAUCUCGCGAGCGAGAUACACAAGAUGCAGGAGUUUAGCUGGCACAGCGACAUGAAGGCAGCGGAGGAGCGAAAGCCGAAGAAGAAGCGCGAGUCGCCGUCGCUGAGGCCGGGGGCGUCGGCCCCCUCGGCGCCGUUCCUCGACCCGGACGACGAGGAGCUGGCUCGGAGCGGCGUCGGCGGCAACGGCCUCACCUACGAUAGAAACGUCAAUUCCAAGAGCUUCAUGCCGCUGGGCAUGCUGGCCCUGAGGCCGGCCAACGCGCGGAUGACCGGCGGCCCGGACACGCUGCUGGCCAGGGCGAUGCGCGAGACGGCCCAGGCCCUGGACAAGGCGAUGCUCGAGUCGAGGCCGAGACUCGGCCGCCUCACGGACGGCCAGCUCAGAGACUCGUUCGUACCGGAGUGCCUGCCGAGCAAGGCCGCCAACUUCCUCGAGAGCGAGCUGCGCGCCAACGUCUCCAGCGCCCUCACCCGUCAGCUCAGAGAGUCGGCAAGGCAGAUCUCCAGCGAUAAGGCCGAGUUCCAUCUGCUCAACCUCCAGGGGCUCCUCUUUCCCGGCAACAAGACGCAGUUGAGGUGGACCAAAGUGGGCACGGUGAGGGCGGGCCGGGAGGUCCGGCUGGACACGAUAAUCUGGCCGGGCGGCGGCAUCGUGCCGGCCUACAUCGAGGAGGGCCGGGAGAAGAUCGGCAUGCCUUCGUACAAAAUCGUCACGGCCCUCGCGCCGCCCUUCGCCAUGAUCACCAACCUCCAGGAGGGCACCUGCCUGCGCGGUCUCACCUGCAAGCACGGCAACGUCGUCAAGUGCUGCUACGGCUACUCCAUGGACCUGCUCUACCAGGUCUCUCAGGACCUGGAGUUCCGCUUCGACCUGCACGUGGCCAAGGACGGGCUCUUCGGGCGUCGCCGGGGCCGCAACGGCACCUGGAACGGCGUCGUGGGCGAGCUGGUGACCGGCAAGGCCCAGCUGGCGUUCGCCCCCCUGAGCGUCUACUCGCACAGGUCGCAGGUCGUGGACUUUACGACCCCGUACUACUUCAGCAGCGUGAGCUUCCUCACGGCGCCGAAGGAGCGCAACGCCAUCUCGCUCCUGGCCUUCCUGCAGCCCUUCAGCCCGGAGCUCUGGAUCGCGGUCUUCACCUCGCUCAACAUCACCGCGAUGUUCGUCGCGGCCUACGAGUGGUUCAGUCCCUUCGGACUGAAUCCCUGGGGCCGGCAGCGCAGCAAGAACUUCUCCAUCGCGUCCGCGCUCUGGGUGACCUGGGGUCUGCUCUGCGGGCACCUGGUGGCCUUCAAGGCGCCCAAGUCCUGGCCCAACAAGUUCCUCAUCAACAUGUGGGGCGGCUUCUCGGUGAUAUUCGUCGCCUCGUACACCGCCAACAUCGCCGCCCUCAUCGCCGGGCUCUUCUUCCACAACACGGGCACCGACUACUACGAUCGAAGUCUGCUCGCGCAAAAGGUCGCGGCGCCCAAGGCCUCGGCCGCCGAGUACUACGUCAUGCAGGCGAAUCCCCGACUGUGGUCGUACAUGUCGAGGUACUCGGUGCUGGACGUGGCCGACGGCGUCCAGCGGCUGCUCAACGGCAGCCUGGACAUCCUGAUAGCCGACACCCCGAUCAUCGACUACUACCAGGCGACCGACAACGGCUGUCGGCUCGAGAAGGUCGGCGACUCCAUCAAGGAGGACACCUACGCCGUCGCGCUCUCCAAGGGCCAUCCGCUGAAGGAGAGCAUCUCCAAGAUCAUCGCCAACUACACCAGCACGGGAUUCCUCGACAUCUUGCAGGAGAAGUGGUACGGAGGGCUGCCGUGCAUGCGUGGCGCAGCCUCGGGCAUCGGCUACGACGGUCAGCCCCGACCGGGAGGUCAGCCCCGACCGCUGGGUGUCGCCUCGGUGGCCGGGGUCUUCUGCCUGCUCGGUCUCGGCAUGACCCUCGGCGUCAUCAUCCUCGUAGGCGAGCACAUAUUUUACAAAUACAGCCUGCCCAAGCUGCGCCAGCGGCCCAAGAACUCCAUGUGGCGCAGCCGCAACGUCAUGUUCUUCUCGCAGAAGCUCUACCGGUUCAUCAACUGCGUCGAGCUCGUCUCGCCGCACCACGCGGCCAGGGAGCUCAUGCACACGGUCAGGCAGGGCCAGAUCACUUCGCUCUUCCAGAAGAGCGUCAAGCGGUCUGAUUUGUUCCAGAAGGAACAUGAACAACGUCGGCGUCGAAAGAGCAAAGCUCAAUUCUUUGAGAUGAUCCAGGAAAUACGAAGAACUUCCAGAGUCCAACAAGAGGAAAAGGUCGAGUCGGCACAGGACGAAUCCAAGGGCGCGAUCAAGAAGGACCUCACCGCCAAGGACAGAGGCCGUGAGCGCAGUCGCAGCAAGAGUCCGAUGAUGCUUCGCGGUGCGACCAGUCCGCGUCAGCGGGCCGAGAAGUCCAGGAGCUCGACGAACCUGGCCGGCUCCCGUCUCGGCCUCGCUCAGAUCAGCGUAGAGGGCGGCCCUGCUGGUAGCAUGAAACCUCGCGAAUUCACGCUCAGCAGUUCGAACCUGAGGGCUCGGAGCCCCCUCGAGCUGGUGGGCAGGAGACUCAGCCACGGGGACGGCCAGUCGCCGCCCCCUACGCCCAAGUUGGGCAGCUCCAACUUCGGGGGUAGCGCGAACCUCAGGGCGCCGCAGAGAGGCGAGUCGGUCGGGGCUGUGCCAUCGCCCAGAGCCUCGAGGAGCCCAGCCAAGAGGGGACAGUCCUUCCCCGUGUUCGCCACCCUCAGGACUCCGCAGCCCGCGGACGUCAAGCAGCAUUAUCAAGUCUCCAGGAGUCCCCUGCUCUCGCCCAACAGCGAGCUGACCUGCGCGAUCGGUCGCAAGCUGUCCCGCGAGUGGGGUUCGGGCGUCGACGUAACCCGCUCCACCGAGGCCAUCAGCGCGAGCUCCACGUUCACCCUGAACCAGGAGCCCCGAGCCAGCGAAGCCGAAGCCUCCUCCAGCGGGACGCACCGACGGAAGAAGAGCGCGGGCGACGAGGUGCCCCUGAAGAAGCCAAUCAGACGCGCCCGGAGCCACGAGAACAAGGACACGAGCAACAAGUUUGGCGAGCCGCCGCCAAAGUUCCCGGCCCAGCCAGUAGUCGGCGGCCAGUCCGUCAGCGAGCGCACGAAGAAGCAGCUGGAGUCCGAACUGAAGGCCAUCCUGACGGCGCGGGCCCACCACUUUGAGCUUCAUCCGCCUUGAUUGCUGUCCUGUAUUGUUCUAGAGAAGGAGGUUUAGAGGGACUCUGUACCUAUAGUGUGCACGGCAACGCUGACGCUCGCACGCAGAGACGGCACUCCUCUUGUCGAGGAGGCGCGCAGCCUCCGAGGGGCUCUUUCCAGGCGAAAAAAUACACACCUAUAUCCGGGCGAGCCUACGUCACACACACACACACACACACAUAAGCAAUAUCAGAUUUCUAUAGGUCAAUUUGUAGCGAGAAUCUGAUAGUUUAAGUACGCGACGAAGCGGUCGUCGUUGCUCUGCCAACUGGGGGGGUGGUCGGUAACGAUCGAUCGAAUGCGAUUGUAACGAAAGACGGCUGAGGUGUAGCCGGAAAAUCGACGCUGUGUAGGAAAUUCUAAUGAGCGGGUCAGUUUGUAUAAUGUACCUACAUAGGAUAUACUGAUCAUCCGCGUGCUACGUAGCGAUGUGUGUUCGCAGGCCGAGGGGAGGUUAUAAGAUAUUAUUAUACCUUUCGCAGACUCGCGUCUUUCUAUGUAGAUAGGACUGUCCGGUAGCAGCGCAACUACGGGAUGUGUGUACGUAUAAUAUAUUUUCUUGUUGGAAUUUUAAUCUCUACGCUGAAACCGUUGUCUCGAUCGAGUGUCGCCUUGCGAUUUCGAACACGAUUCCAUUCGAGCAUCUUAAAAAGAGACACCCGACUCGGGCCAACGCUGUAGAAUGACCACUUAUGAUAUGCGUGAAAAUACUUUGAGAGAACUAUUGCGCUGAUCGAGUUUCAAUGUGGCUGGAAAAAUCGAAUAUUAAAGAUUGCAAGAAAGUUUUAAAGGAUCGAAAAGAAAACAAAAGAUUUUAUCAAAUUAUCGAGAUUAAAAAACUCUGACUGAGAAAGCUUUUGGUGAAACUGUUAGACUGAAAAUUUGUGAGAUUUAUUAUGGACUGGAAUUCUUUCGGGGAUAGGUAUUAUAAUAAGGGAGUCGGAAUUGACGUGGCAGACGUAUACGCUGCCGAUGAGGUCAGGCUGACAAGGCAUAUAAGACGACUUUCUAAUUCUACGACGGAUUAUAUAUAUAUAUAUAUAUAUAUA